AUGGCUCCUGCAACGCCUAACCUGGCCUACAUGCCAGAGGAAAUUCUUUGCAAAAUCACAGCGAACUUUGGCCCCACCGAGUAUGACUUAGAUCGCCUAAUGGCUCAUCGGACACUCCCACCAGCCUCAUUCCUACCUCUUCGUCAGGUCUGCAAGACCAUGGACACGCAUCUUUUCGACCGCUUCGUCGCCUACGUCAAGCAAAUACUCAUACAUGCCAGGCCGCACAGGUUGGAUGUCUCCUACUCGCCCCGCGGCUUGCGCAGUCUUCACGCUAUACUAAGUUUCGAACCUCUCCGCGGACACUUCCAAGCGGUCAUUACGAGCAUCGUUUUCCUGGCCGACAAGCCUGCCUACUUGCAACUCUCCAAUCCUCCGAAAGGGUACCAUGAGGAUCUGAAGGAAUACAACGACAUGAUUGAGUCCAAUGAAGACCUGAAGUUCGUGGAAUACAUUCUUGGUCAGCUCACUAGCGUGAAGAACCUCUACGUCUCGACAGGGGUCGUUAAGAGUCAACACAAGGAUGCUCUUGAUAAGGAUUUCUUGGACAGUUUCAUGCCGUACAAGAAAAUCCUUAUGAGGCCGGAAGGCCCUGACGUGUUCGAUCUUCCGGGAUUACCCCUUCAGCGCGUGCAAACCGCUGGAAUGUCGCGAGCAGCCAAGGCCGUAAUGAACGGUCUUGCGAAAUCGACCAUAUCGCUUCAAGACCUCGAAAUCCAAGGCAUCGGACCGGUUGCCAAGAGGAAAAACACGGGGACAGCUACGUUGUGGAGCUUGGAUCCGCCAACACCCCUUGUCUCGGCCUUUGCCCAACUGAAUUCGCUCACGCUCCAAAUUUCCGACAACGAACUCGUCGCGGAGCCUGAAAAGUGGCAAGGCUCUACUCCCGAGACGAAGUCGCCGCUCUUGGGCUUGCUCAACGCAGCUCCAUGCUUGUCAGAGCUCACUCUCACGGCAAGUAGUUUCAGCUGCUUCGCGCCAGCCAUCCUACGCCGGUUCCUUCUCGAGUACACCGGUCCGCUCCUCCGUUUCAUCGGGCUCUAUGACUGGGUUUCCCUAAGCGCCGUCCACAUGUCAACAAUUAGCCUUUGCAAAUCCGGACCAGGCAGUGCCUGGCAGCCGAUACUCCACGACUUGCAGUACGAACUCGACUUGGGCGAGCUUGGUCUCCCCUCGCUCUUCGAGCUCGAACGGGAUACCUACGACGCGGUCGUCUUUCCCCUGGCAGAGAACGAUGUUGAUGACGAGGGUGUCAAUGAAGACGAGAACGGAUAUGCCUUGUAUAUUUUUAAUGACGCACGCACGCUCCUAUGGUAUGAAAGUAACGAGUCCUCGGCCGGAGGCGAUGAACGCAGCUUGCUCAAGGACCGCCCCUCAAUCGCAUUCAACACGGUCAAAGCCAGAUAUGGAGAGCCAAGCAUGAUUCACCAUCAUCUGCCCACCAAGGUCGCUGGCUUUGCAGAGAAGUUCCUGGGCAGCCAGCGCCCUGCGCGCUUCACUCACUACUCGGAGAGCUGGCCGUUUGAUGAUAUCAAGAUGGGCACGCGCUGGGAGGAGCUUUGGAUUGGGAUGGACGGACAUGGCGAUGCUUACUAGGCUAGAGGGCACAUUGAAAGCGCCUCCGGCUCACAGGCUUCUUUCUUUUGUUUCAGCGGGCUUUGGGUUUCCUUGCUGCUCUCCGCAUAGGUCGGUUUCAGGACAAUGAGCAAGGGCUUGUCCGAGGACCUACGUCCGUGGGACAAUACGGCAGGCAAAGGGAACAGCUCCAGCGAUGAUUCUGGCUUGUUUAAUAGUUUCUUACCUCCUGUGAAACACUCAGAAGCUCACAAGGUUUUUCAGAAAAUCCAUCACGGCUUUCAAAAUCC